UUGAGCACAGUAGAGCAGAGCCAUGCUGUCUGCCCACCAUUCAGCUGCUGGGCUUCAGCACAUUUGUCAGUGUCGCUGGUGAUUUGUGGAUAGCCACAGCAGAGAGCUGGGAUGUGUUUGUUUCGGCCUCCUUUUGUGGGAGCACUGACCUUGGACCAAUCAUUCUCUUCCUUAAAAAAGUGGAGGGAGAAAGAGUUUUCAGACAAAACAUAAGGCCUCAGCCAACAGAGCUUCCCCCAUUUGCUUCCAGGAUUUAGCAAUCCAGAAUCCAGAAGGGCUGUCUGUAAGCAAGACCCUUGCAAUGGGACUGUCAACAGGGCUGCAGUAAGAACACUGCAUGGUCUAAAGGGGGAUUAUUUACUGGAAGCAGCUCCUUCUGAAAAUUGAAAGGCUUGAAUUUACAGGGGACUGGUAACAAAAAAUUACAUGCUUAUCAAAGUUUUUUUUUCACUGUGAUCAAGAUGACAGCAGUCCGUGCAUCUUACACUGUUCCUCCAUUAAACACCUUGUGUCCUUCUACAGCUGAUUUUGAUGAAAUUUGUUUAAACCUCUGCAUGAAGAGAGAAUUGCCAAAUUUUUUCUGGCACAUCCUAUGGCUUCAUGACUGAUGCUGAUUAAAAUAUCACAAAUACUUAUUUUCUCUUCUCAAAAUCACCUGAAAAAAAGACAAGAGUACUUUUACAUAAUUUUAUCCUCCUAUACAGUCCUGACUUAUUCCUGAAGCAUAGGACCCCAUUUGCUGGGCUUUGAGCCACUUUAAACAUAAAAGUUAACUAAAAAAUGUAACUAUACCUCAGUGUCAACUUAGUAUUUCAUAGUCUAGAGGUGUGAUACAUAACCCAAAAAUCUGCUGGUAUAAUGUGACAAAAGUGUCUUACUUUUUGAUGUGGACUGUGACCAGUGUAGACCAACCUUUUCCUGCCUCCACAGAGCUCAUGAGCUGUCAAGCUGCAGAGCUAACCCACCUCACUGGGGACAGUUCAGUAAACAACACACAUGGGCUCCUGUGUGUCCUUGGCACCUCCAACUUCAGACAUCCACAGGAAGCUGCCUUUGGAAUAACGUUUCUUCUCAUGCUAGGCUUCUGACUUGCUCUAGAAUUGCUUUGAAAGGCAGGACACAUUGUUUUCUUUGGUCCAUGGAAUUCCCAUUUUUUCAUGGAAAAAUAACAAGAAGAACCUGUGAAGAGUUGCUGAGCAAGAAGAAAAAGAAUGGCAGCUAUUUAAUACGGGAGAGUGAGAGUGUGGAAGGAGCCUUGUGUCUCUGUGUUUUCUUUGAGGGCCUCAUCUACACUUACCGUAUCUUCAGAGAAGACCAAGGAUAUUUUAGAAUACAGACUUCUGAAGGUGUUCCAGAGAGGACCUUCAAAACAUUAAAGGACUUAAUAUACGCUUUUGAAAAGCCAAAUCAAGGACUGAUAACAAAGCUCCGCUACCCGGUGAAGAAACCAAAGGCCUUGCAAGGAAGCCAGAGGUUCAAGUCAGAAAUGGACAAUGUUUAUGAUGAAGCUGAUGACUGCGCUGAUUAUGUUGAUGUCCUGCCCUGAAGGAUCUGUGCCUGAUGGUUUCCGAAGCUGCCAUUCCAGGACAUGCCCUGGCACAGGGCCUCAGCUGAGGAGAGCUUCCAGCUGGGUGUCCUCUGCUCUACAUCUGGAAUUACCUCCUCCUUUUGCAGACUGUCAGAGCAGCUGCAUCUUCAACCAGUAGAUCCAAUACAAGCUAUAAUGCACGUUUGCUCAGCAAUAAAAGUAUUUUUGUUACAGACACAAACACACACACGUAGGUAUGGGGGCAGGAGUCCAUGUAUGUGUCUUCUGGUGGUUUUUAACCAGCAAAUUGUCCAAGAUGUUGACUGCUAGAGUGAACAUUCUGCUAGAGGGCAGCAAUAUAAAUAUAUUAAAUGAAAAGGCAUAAAGAAGUAAUUUAUGGCAGAAUUGAUAGGUGUAGAUAAAAAUCAUAUAUGACAAAACUAUUAGCAUUUUAAGAUGCUUUAAAACCCCCAAAAUCUGUUAUUUUGCAUAUAAUUCAUGUUACCGAUGAGGUUGGAAGAGUGAAUAGUAUUUCAGCAAUGUCAAGGAAUACUAGUAGUCAGUAGCUUGAAUAAUGCAAAUUAGGACAAAAAUGCUGUGUUAAAUCCAUGCCAUAAAAAAUAAAUAACCAACCAGAGGAAAAUGCUUUGAAAUAUUUUGACGUUGAGGAAUGGCUCUGGCAGAUUACAAGAGGAUUACAAGUUGUACAUACAUGUCAGCAUGAACACAUCCUUUUUUUAAUAGGUUCUGUACUUAUGGGAAUACUUACUCCAUUUGAUUUUCUACUUCCAUUAGUUCUGUAUUAUGUAUAUGUCUUUUGUUGUUUACUUGUUUUUAAUGCAAAAAUUUGCUUUAAUAUUAACCCCAAUUUUAAAUAGUUAAUAAAUAGUUCUGAAGGUGGCCUGCAAUUAGCAGCCACAGCCAAAACUGGAAUGUAUGUCCUGAGCCUUCCAGCCACUACUACAGACUUGCUCACCAUUUGAGACUGUGAGCAAGACAUUUGUAUUUGUUGCAUGUUUAAGACCCUGCACAAAUUAUUUAUGUAUUUUAAUGGGUAAUACUAGUUAGAUCUUUUUAAUAUUAUGUUUCUCUCACACCAUUAUUUGUCAAACUAAUUUUAGAUCUUUCAGAGCUUUGGACUUAAUUAUGAAUUUAACAGUGCUGCAGUUUUUGGCUCCAGGCUCAACUACUAUUUGUAGCAUGAAAGAGACAAAAAAAAAAUAGACUACUAACUAACCCUAGAAAUGCCAAGAAAUACUAAAAUAUAUGUCCAAAACUUCAUUAAUUGAAAAGAAAGUAGUCAUCCAUGAAAAAUGUACUGUGGGACAUAAAUAGGGACAUAGAGCCCUUGCUCUGUAGAAGCACAUAACUAAUGUGUCUCUUCACUUGCAGAAUCCUGCAGCCUGUCUGAUAGCUGGUUAUCACAGGUAGCAGACUAAGGAGCUGCUGUGCUGAGACACCCCACCUCCAGCAGCACAGUCCUCAACAAAGCACAGCAGUGUAGUUUUUCUGAAAUGACAGUCUCAGCAGUCCCC